AUGAUUCAAAAGCUGAUACAUCUUCUCAAGUCAGUGAUUAAAGCUGAAGAAAACAUCUACCUAGGACCACAUGGAGGAGCUCCUCCGUCGCAGCUACAAGACGGCAACGUAUCGAGCAGGAAGCAGCGGUUUAAGCAGAAGCUCAAGGAAGCAGACCAGAAAAUGAAUGUGUCUGGUCGGGAGAACAAAGUGGGUAACUUAAGGGAGCUUGUAGGCGGCGUUGAGAAAGGAACUAACGUGUCAAAAGGUGUCUCAAGAGACUGGCUUGACCCACAUUGCCAUGAGUCUGAGUUUGAGAAACGUCGACAACUAUAA